AAAGCUCCGCCCUGCUCUCUCUUCCGGAUAAGCCACCCAUGAUAUCAGCACAUUUUAUUUAUAGUGGAAUAUACAUUUUAUCUGUUGUCUGUGUUGUGUGGCGUUUUAUACCAUAACACUUUGUUUGUCUAGCGGCGGUCUGUUUCAUACAGCUCGAUAAGACCCAUUGAACAAACUGAGCAACAUCCAGUCAUGGAGGAGGAGACAGCGGAGACACCAGAGGAGCAGCUGGCAAAGCAGCACCGCAAGGAAAAGAAAGACCUGCAAGCUAAAAUCCAGAGCAUGAAAAAUGCAGUCCCAAAAAAUGACAAGAAAAAGAGAAAACAGCUGACAGAGGAGAUUGCCAAACUAGAGGCUGACCUCAGCCAGAAACACGAGGAGGAAUUAAGGCAACUCAAAUCUACCGCUGACACAGAGGUGAAAGAGAUGAUAAAUGGAGUUGGGACCAUGAAGACAGAGGACAGGGAACAAGAAGAUGUGAAACAGCCACGUGUAACCAAGGCCCAGAAGAGAAGGGACAAGAAGGCUGCCCAGGAGAAGGAGCGGGAGAGCAGGAUAGCAGAGGCUGAGGUGCAAAACCUGCAGGGUGUGAGGCACCAGGAGGGUUUGAUGCUGGCUCAGAAACUCGCCCAGCAACAGCUUCAGAUUAAAGAGAUCUCUUCCGAUGGCCACUGCAUGUACCGUGCCAUCGAAGAUCAGCUGGCACAGCGAUCGAAGCCUGGGUUGAUCAUGAGUGUGAAAGAACUGCGCUCCCGCACUGCUGAGCACAUGAGAAGCCAUGCUGAUGACUUCCUGCCUUUCCUCACCAACCCCAACACUGGUGACAUGUACACAACAGAUGAGUUUGACAAAUACUGCAGUGAUGUGGAGCACACAGCAGCUUGGGGUGGACAACUAGAAUUGCGAGCUUUGACCCAAGUUCUUCACAUGCCAAUAGAAGUGAUCCAGGCUGACUCCUCAACUAUAAAAAUUGGGGAGGAAUUUGACGGUGAAUCCAUCACCCUCGUCUAUAUGCGUCAUGCCUAUGGACUAGGAGAGCAUUAUAAUUCUGUGGAGCGGCUAAAGGACCCAGUCAACACAGAGGACAGCUGAGAGACCGCUCAGUCUUGGUGUGACUUAAACGAGUCUGUGUAAUGCUGAGAGUGUUCGAGCCUCUCACACCAAGGGCCCCUAAAUACAAACGUAUUUUAGAGGGAGGACCUCACCCCCCACUGAAGAUACUGUUAAGCUGAGGUUAACGGAGAAUGUUGCUGAUUUCAAAAUGGGAUAAACACACAAUGGCAAUUUUCUGUUAAGAAGUCAAAAGAUAUCAUUGGGGAGAGUGAAAUCUAAUAUAAUCCAUCACUUCUGAAAAAUUACCAUGUAAAUGAAAUUAAUGAUAUUACACUGGACAUCCUCGGGCUAUCUCAGGGACCCCCGGGGUUUCCUUCAGCCCAUUUUAGGAAGUAGUGGCAAAAUACUGUGUAUCUAAAUUCACUUGGGCAGGAGAGGAUGUAAGAGCUGUUGAUUAUGCAUGUCACUCAACCAAAUGUCAACAGAGUCACCGAGAGGUUGUAGAACUUUUGCAGUGUUCUUGGAAUGAACUGAAUUGUUGAACUUGUAAAACAUUACGUGUUACAUAAACAUAUACAAUACUAAAAAGG